AUGCGACAUGUGAUAUCUUUCUUUUUUUGCUUAUACGUCCACCUGAUUCUUGUAGACGUCUUUGAGCUGGUUGCCGUGGCAACGGUUACUACAGCUGCAGCAACGGUGUGGGUGUUGGUUACUCUUUGCAAUCAACCUAAAGAGAUACAAGCCGAAAUUGAUGCAUUUAUCAAGACGCAUGGUCGUGAACAUUUGCUAUUGUUCAUGUCAGCCAUCAAGGAAUGUUUGUGUCUUCAUCACAUUGCUCCUCUUGCCUUGAUACGUCAAACAUCCGAUGAUGUCACUUGUCGAAGCUACUUUAUUCCCAAAGGUACCAUUCUUCGCCAAAAGAUCUAUGUCAUGAACCACCAUCUCAAAGGCCUAUCCUAA